UUAUUUCUCUCUUUCUAUAAAACCUUUUCUCCAUUUUCUAUAAAUCAUGGACAACUUGGACUGUUGCAUAUUUCGUGAAUGCUUUUGUUUGGUAGCAUUAUAGAGGCUACGAGAUGAGAAUGGGAAAGGAGAGAGAAGGGUGGUGGUGGUGGUGGUGGGGUUGAUGAGGGUGUUACUCAUCCAAAAGUUUUUUUGAUAUCAAAGAGAGAGAGAGAGAGAAAGGAAAAUUGUGAUAUGAAUGAUGGUUGGCUUUUUGUGUUUGUGUAGCUGCGGUGGCUGCCAAAAAAGAUGAGCAACAACUUAUCUUUUUUGAAGGGUCUUCUUUUGGGUUUGGUUGGGUAGUUUGUGUGAUAUGUGGGGUUCUUCUCUUCUCUUCUCUUUCAUGAUAUAGUAAUAGUGUCACUCACUUCAUGCACUGAAACUUUGUGUUAGUUUCUUGUCGUGGCCACUCCCAUGUUAGAUUCUUCUUACCUGGCAGAGCCACUGAUUUCUUCAGAUCUCUUUGAUUAAUAAGCUCUGACUCUUUAACUCUCUUCUACAACUUUCCUCUUCCUUUUCUUGUUAUCUUCUUCUGCUUGUUUUUACUCACCUUGUCGUGCAAUCCAGUUUGGCUGGUUUCUCCAAUAUUUAUUGCGAGAAAGAGAAGAAGAAGAACAUUUCAGGGUCUUGUGCUGAGCUUUAAAGGAGGGACAGAGCUGAAACGUGGCUAGCAAAGGAAAAAGGCUCGGUGGUUUGUCUUUCAGAGAGGUAGAACAACAUAGGGAAAAAGGAGAAACAUAGUCAUUUCCUUUGGCCAAGAUGAAGUUUAUGAAACUUGGAUCUAAGCCAGAUUCUUUUCAGAAUGACGGGGAUAAUAUCAGGUAUGUGGCAACUGAGCUAGCAACUGACAUAGUUGUUAAUGUUGGAAAUGUAAAAUUUUAUCUCCAUAAGUUUCCUCUUUUGUCAAAAAGUGCGGGCUUUCAAAAGCUGAUUACAAACACUAAUGAGGAGAACAAUGAUGAAGUUCACAUCCAUGACAUUCCUGGCGGACCUGCUGCUUUUGAAAUAUGUGUCAAGUUCUGUUAUGGUAUGACAGUCACUCUUAAUGCAUACAACGUCGUUGCUGCUCGCUGCGCCGCAGAAUAUCUUGAGAUGUAUGAAACUGUUGAGAAAGGAAAUCUUAUCUACAAGAUUGAAGUCUUCCUCGACUCAAGCAUUUUCAGGAGUUGGAAAGACUCGAUUAUUGUUCUUCAAACUACCAAGUCUCUUCUUCCAUGGUCUGAGGAACUUAAGUUAGUGAGCCAUGGCAUUGACUCCAUUGCUACCAAGGCUUCAAUUGAUACAUCAAAGGUGGAGUGGUCAUACACCUAUAACAGGAAAAAGCUACCAUCUGAAAAUAGUAAUGAUCCUCCCUUCAAUAGUGUGAGGAAACAACAAUUGGUUCCAAAGGACUGGUGGGUGGAGGACCUUUGUGAGCUCCAACUUGAUCUUUAUGAGCGGGUUAUAAAAACAAUUAUAAGCAAAGGUAAUGUUUCUGGCACUGUAAUUGGAGAAGCUCUAAAUGCUUAUGCCUCAAGAAGGAUGCCUGGUUUCAACAAGGGUGUGAUCCAAGGAGAUAUUGUAAGAAAUAGAUUACUGUUGGAGACCAUAAUCCGAAUAUUACCCUUGGACGUGGGCAGUGUCUCUUUCAGUUUCUUGGUGAAGUUAUUAAGGGUAGCUAUUCAGUUGGAACGUGAAGAGUUGGAGAGAUCUGAACUGAUUAGGAGAAUAGGUAUGUGCCUUGAGGAGGCUAAGGUGUCUGAUUUAUUAAUUUGCGCCCCAGUUGGUGACACAGUUUUUGAUGUUGACAUUGUGCAAAGGCUAGUAGAAGAGUUUGUAGCAUGUGAUCAACAUGUUCAGACGGAUACUCUGUUGGAAGAUGACUUUCAGGAGGAGAUCAGAAGCCCCGGGAUGGUUUCAGAAUCUUCAAAGGCAAAAGUGGCAAAAUUGGUGGAUGGAUACCUUGCUGAGAUUGCACGUGAUCCAAAUUUACCUUUUGCAAAAUUUGUUAAUCUUGCUGAAUUAGUAUCAAGCUUUCCAAGAGCCUCUCAUGAUGGCCUUUAUCGUGCCAUUGACAUGUAUUUAAAGGAGCAUCCUGGAAUCAGCAAAAGCGAAAAGAAAAGAAUAUGCAGGUUGAUGAACUGCAGGAAGUUGUCUGCAGAGGCUUGCAUGCAUGCUGUGCAGAACGAGCGGCUUCCCAUGCGCGUUGUUGUGCAGGUUCUCUUCUUUGAACAGCUGAGAGCUACAACAUCUUCUGGAGGCAAUGGCACACCGGAUCAUCCUGGCUCCAUCAGGGCCUUACUUCCUGGUGGAUCUCAUGGGAGCUCAAGGUCUACUAUAACAAACACAGAAGAGGAAUGGGAUGCCGUGGGAACAAUGGAAGACAUAAAAUCCCUGAAAGGGGAGCUUGAUGCACUGAAAUUAUCUGGUGGAACCAGCGGGGCCAGCAGCAGAAGCGACAACAACGAUGGCGGUAAAGACAAUGCUGAGAAAGUUGCUGCUAGUAAAAUGAAAGGUCUCAUGUCGAAGAAGAUAAUCUCUAAGAUUUGGUCAAGCAAAGAAAGAAGUGGUGAGCUAAGUAGUUCUGAUACAUCAGAGAGCCCUGCUUCUACUGUUGUAGAGGAAACAAAAUCUACUCCAUCUAGAAGUAGGAGGCAUUCAUUGUCUUAGAGACCAUGUUCUGCAGACCCUAGUCCUUAGAGCUCCAUUCAGUUUAUUGUAUAAUCAUCUCAUUCAAGUAGCAUCAGGAGUUAGAGGACACUGACAUCAUAUUCCAUCUGAUAAUUCAAUCAGAAAUCUAUGUAACUGUGAACUAAUGUGAGCAUGUGGCUAAAAUAUGAAGCACCAAAAGUAUAUGUUAAUUGAGGUUUAUGUCAUGCCCUUAGGGAUGCAACUUUUAUUCAGCCAUUACUGAUAUUAUUAGGUUAGAUGUGAGCUUUUGUAGUGAGUGACCCAAUUUUGAUAAUUGGAGACUGAUAUGUGACUGCCACAAUUUUUAAGCUUAGUUUUAAAGGGAAAAGGAGGUGCAGAGUGUUUGAAAGGCU